AUGGGAUGGGACAUUAGGCUGCUAACCAGCAUUUACUCGGGAGUCUACGUAGCCGUUGUGGCAUACGCUUUGACGGUGUGGUGCGCUGACGCAAAGGGACGGUCUUUGCGUCCGCCUUCAGCCCUAUCCGUCUGGUCGUCGUGGCCCUUUUGGCAGCGACACUUCUUGGCGAGUCCAUCCACGUUGGGAGGUCUUUUUCUCGUCCUAUGGUCGAAGACCAAGAUUUCGCCGGAAGGAACAACAAGCACCGAAACAUGA